AUGGGUAAGAAGAAAGGCGGCGCCAAAGCGGCGCAACAUGCGCACCAUGGUCAGCAGCAAGGGAGCCGAUCAUCAGACACAGCAAAGCAGGUGCCAUUCAACAGAGAUACUGGCAACUUCUCGUUACCAGAUCGACUGGCUCAGGUCCACCAAGGUGAAUACCAUGACUUCUUCCGGUACUGCCAGAACAGAGUUGACAUAUAUGCUGCAGUGGACGCCUGGAGAUCUUACAGAGAUGGCACAAACAAUCUUCAGACAGCCGCUGAUUUUCAACCUUUCUUCCAAUCUCAUCCCACCCUUUUCGGCAGCGGCCAGCAGCACGUUCCUUCUUGGGCUCCGCUAGGUCACAAUGCAGGCCUAGAGGCACCACAAGGGCAACAAAUGUACACCCCGCCGCAGCUUGGACAGCAGGCAUAUCCUCUCGCUCCACAAGCAGUGAACCACAGUAUACCGCCCUUCCAACGUCCAGCACCUGUCGAACAUUCGCAUUUCAAGCCAUACCAGCCUCUAAGGGUGUCCAAUGGUACAGUUGAGAGACAGGUCAUACAGCAGGCAAGUAGUGCCUUGCAGGGUCAAUCUCGAGCUCAAACGCAGGAUCCACGUCGUCGAUCUAAAGCUCGCCAGAUACCCGCACCAACUGUGCAGGCUCCGCCAAAAACGAGAAGCGGGCGCUAUCCACUGCGCAGUAGGAGACCCGAUCAGAUUGCCCCCUUCAGUACUGGCGUCGCAGACAAGUUUCUCAAGUCAGUCACGACUUCGAGUAGCUCUGCUCUCCCAGGAGGACCGGCAGCCCAGAGAACCUCUCGGCACCCCAGCCUGGAUCCUGCCGGGGAGGCCCCACGUCCGACGGAAGAGUACGGGAGAAAUGCUGCGCUCAAUCCUGCCACCAGAGACAGACCACAAAAGCUCUUGGUCAUCCUCGACCUCAAUGGCACUGUGCUUGUUAGACCAAACAAGAGCAGACCUAAGAACGUCAUUGUGAGGCCUGGUAUUCCUUCAUUACUGGAUUACCUCUUCCGGAAUCAUGUGGUCAUGGUAUAUACUUCGGCGAGGCCUGAGAACUGCGCUGCCAUGGUGGAGAAGUUCUUUCGUCCAGACCAGCAGGCGGCAUUGGCCGCUGUGUGGGCCAGGGACAAAUUAGGCUUGACUCGGGAGCAGUAUUACAAUAAGGUCCAGGUAUACAAGCGAUUGGAGCCGGUCUGGCAAGAUGAGACCAUCCAGAGGAAGGCAGAUCCGGGCAAGCGCUGGGAUCAAAGCAAUACUGUGCUCGUGGAUGACAGUCAAGUUAAAGCGCUGGCACAACCGCACAAUCUGCUGCAGAUCCCAGAAUUCCUCAACAACGAGCCCAAAACUGGAAUAAAAGCGAAACUAGCCUGGCGCGUUGCCGAAGAAGCUACUGUGCAGUCUGUACAGCAGAAGCUGGAAGAACUCACGUGGCAGGUGGACGUGUCCAGGUUGAUUCGGGAAUGGCAAACCGGCAAACGACAAGCACCCGGUGUUGUGGACGAAACUGUUGAUCAAAAAGCACUACAGAACGCCGGAGACCGUGCAUCGUCUCCCACACCCGACCCGAGCAUUGGCGACCGAGAGUCGUCUUAUCAACCAGAGCAGCUACAGACGCCGAGGGAAUCUCCAAUGCCUGUGUCCGGAAAAGACCUGCCACAAUACAAGCCAGUAGAAGUCGAAAUGGACGAUGGAGUAAGUCGCGAUGACGAUGGCGGCACCACCCUGGACGAUCUGCAAGCCCAAAUUAACCGGAGUCUCAGUCUGAAUCAGAGCCUAUCAACCCAGAAUCAAAGCCAACAUCAACAUCAACUGACCGCUGGUGCUGCUACGGGUGCUGGUGCCGUGGCUACUAUUGAUGGGAUUAAGAAACCAAGGCGCAGUGAGUCAUCUGCUCGUGGGGGUGAUUUGGCUGACGCUGUCAGAGAAACUCAAGAGGAGCCCCGAGUCUCUGGCCAGACUUCAGGCACGAGCACAGUACCGGCACGAGAACAGGCGGGCAAUACGAAUGGCGCGAAAGGCAAAAAGGCGAGCAAAGGACACGGCAUCCAAGGCAGCACGACAAGCGCAACACGCCGCCAUGACAAAGAUGAAGAAAUAGAGGCCUCUUGUCGAAACACAAGAAAUGACGGCGCCGAAGGAGGGAACGUAAACCUCAACGAAACGACAGUUCAUGAGCCAAUGACACCUGAGAGUCUAGGUGCUUGA